AUGGAAGCAAUGCAAGAAACAAACGUUUCUGAUGUACUAGUGACAAUUAAUAGACCUAUUAAAGUUUUACACUUCAGUGAUGGCAUUGAAGAAGAGAUUCAACAAGAUAAAGCGAAUGAACUACAAAGUGUACCUAAUAACAAUGAAAAUGUAGAUCCUAAAACAUUGACAUGGGGCCCAUGGAUUUCAUAUUAUGCAUGGAAAUCUUCUACUAAAGCUUUGAAUGCAGUUGAUAUUGCUGGUGAGACAUUGGCUAGUUUUUUUGGAAUAACAACUCCAAAGUAUCAAAUAGAAAUAAAUGAAUAUGAAAGGCUUCAAGAAGAAAAGAAAAAGAUAGAGGAAGAAUCAGCUGGUUGGGUCCCUAACAGUUCAGGAGGCAAUGUACCCCUUGUUUUAAAUGAACCGGUAAAAGAUAAUGAUAUGACAAAGCAAGUU